AUGGGACAACAGACGUCUAGGAAGAGCGGAGAGUGCACGUGCGGGUGCGGUGCGUGGGAGCGGCGCAGGUACGCGGAGUCUCCCAGUAGCGUGCAUAGAUACGUCAGCGCUGUCACUGACAGAUGGAGCGGGCGCGAGUGUGCGUGUCGCCGGCGACGGUGGCGCCGCCCCGCGUGUGUGUGCACGGCCUACAGGCGAGUCAGUGACGACAGACUGGCUGCAGUACUGACCCUUGGUGCUAGAGACCUCAGGAGGGAGUUGGAUGCGAUUGUCAUAAAUACAGAUGGUGACACGAGCAGAGAGAGUGGUGAGCCCACCGCAGAAGUAUACGUAUUGUCCGUUGCACCCAGGACAGCGGAAGGAGAGAGUUCACAAGAGAGACGGACGGAGUUGACGCAGACUAACGAUGCCAUACGGCUGCAUCCACACUUCCAGGUGGUAUGUGGCGGCGAGCUCCGCGCGCUACUACUGCGCGGCGCGACGUUGCCCGCGCCCGCCGCGCUCCCACCGCCCUCGGCGCGCGUGCAUACACAGGUGGACUACAUCCACUGCCUAGUCCCGGACCUGAAGGAGAUCACGGCGUGUUCCUUCUACUGGGGCAAGAUGGAUCGCUACGAGGCUGAGAGACUGCUCGAUAACAAGCCUGAAGGCACGUUCCUCCUCCGCGACUCCGCCCAGGAGGAGCACCUGUUCAGCGUGUCGUUCCGCAAGUACGGGCGCUCGCUGCACGCGCGCAUCGAGCACUACCAGCACCGGUUCAGCUUCGACUCCCACGACCCCGCCGUCUUCGCCGCCUCCACCGUCACCAAACUCAUCGAGCAUUACAAGGACCCGGCGUGUGUGAUGUUCUUCGAGCCGAUGCUGACAGCUCCACUGCCGCGCAGCGAGCCAUUCUCUCUGCAACAACUCGCGCGGGCUGUCAUCGUGUCGCAUACUAGUUACGACGGAGUGGAGAAGCUCCCCCUCCCGCCCCGUUUACGACUAUACCUCAAAGAGUACCACUACAGACAAAGGGUCCGCAUUCGACGCCUGGAACCGGACUUGUACGAGCACCAUCACUGCUAG